ACUUGUUUUCAUUAUUCUGAGCUAACUGUCAGCCAGAAAUCAACUUGUUGUAGAAUUAUACUUCAAAAUGUCUUCAGACUUUGAAACAUAUGAACAGGACUUUGGGACCAUCACUGCAGACAUAACCAACAAAAUUGGGGGAAUUCCCAAACUAGGUGGAGAGGAGAAGACACAGCUGGUUCUAAAUGUCGACAAACAGCUUGAAGAAGUCAGAGAGUUGUUGGAGCAGAUGGACCUGGAGGUACGCGAGAUCCCCAUCCAGAGCCGAGCCAUGUACAACAGUCGACUGAAGAGCUACAAGCAGGAGAUGGAGAAGCUGGAGAAAGACUUUAAAAGGUCACGUAUCGCCUACAGUGAUGAGGUGCGCAACGAGCUCCUGGGGGACGACGCCAUCUCCUCGGAGAGCCAGAGAGCACAUCUGUUGGACAACACAGAGAAGCUGGAAAGGUCAUCGCGGAGACUGGAGGCCGGCUACCAGAUAGCAGUAGAAACCGAACAAGUGGGUCAAGAGAUCCUGGCCAACCUACACAGUGACCGUGAGAAGGUCCAGAGGGCCAGAGAAAGGCUGAGAGAGACCGAUGCCAACCUGGGAAAGAGUUCUCGCAUCCUUACCGGCAUGCUGAGAAGGAUCAUCCAGAAUCGUGUCCUGGUCUUCGUUCUCGGAGCCCUCAUCCUCCUCACCAUUAUCCUGGCCAUCUAUUUCAAUCUUGUGGCCACUGAUCUCUUCUGCACACCCACACGCACACACAGUCGCUCGCUCUGUCACACACACACACACACACACACACACACACACACACACACACACACACACACACACACACACACACACACACAAACAGAAACACACACACACACAUGAUUAAUAUCGACAAAAGUGUUGUUCUUGUGUAAUUAGGACAAAUGGUCCCCAUGAAUCACUGUUUCCAAGGCCUGACAGGGAGCCAACCCCCCACCUCUCUCUCUCUCUCUCUCUCUCUCUCUCUCUCUCUCUCUCUCUCUCUCUCUCUCUCUCUCUCUCUCUCUUUCUCUCUUUUGCUCUUUCCUUUUAUUUUUCCUAUUUCUUUUGCUCUCUAGCUUCUUUUACCCCUGUUUUAUCUCUCUUUCUUCCCUCUUUCUUCCUUUUCUCUCUCCCCUCCAUCUGGUUUCCUCUCUGUCAGGCUCUGU